UCUACGGAUGCUUACCCGUCAUGGACUCGCUACUGUCUGCUACGUACUUGCUCGCCGUCCUCAUCGCCCUCCCCGCGAUAGCCCUUCUCCUCUCCAUUGCUAACAAGAGAGCUCCUACAAAACCAUCUCGCCGCGGCGCUCCUCCCCCUCCGGGCCAAUUUGGAUGGCCCCUCCUUGGGGAAACCCUGGAGUUGCUCCGCGGGGGCCGAGAAGGGAGACCUGGGAGCUUCCUGGACGAGCGAGUCAACAAGCACGGGCCGCACGUCUUCGCCACAUCCCUUUUCGGCGAGCCGACCGCCGUUCUCUGCGGCACCGCGGGGAACAAGUUCCUCUUCGGCAGUGAAGGCAGGAAGGUAAAAGUGUCAUGGCCGAGCUCGGUGGCCAAGCUGCUCGGCUCAUGUCUAAUCACUCUGGCCGGCGAGGAAGGAAAGGUGAUGAGGAGGAUGCUGACGAGCGCUUUCAACCAAGAAGCACUCGCAAGGUUCGCCAAGAUCAUGGAUGAAGUCACUCGCAAUCACAUCAAAGCUAACUGGGAAGGCAAAGAAGAGGUGCUUGUGUACCCGACCAUCAAGCGCUACACCUUCGAGCUCACGUGCCAGCUCUUCCUGAGCAUCGGCGACCCACAAGAGAUCGCAGACCUCGCCCGCCCAUUCACUGCCUUCCUCGAAGGCAGCAUAAGCGUCCCCCUCGACCUGCCAGGGACAAGAUUCCACGGCGCAAAGAGGGCGGCGAGAUCCAUCAGGAGGAUGCUCCGGGAGAUCAUCCAGGAGAGGCGAGCAGCCAUGGAGAAGGAGGCGGCAUCCCCGGCGCAGGACCUGCUGUCGCACCUGAUGGUCGCCACGGACGAGAGUGGCCGGUUCUUGACCGAGACAGAGAUCAUCAACAACCUGCUGCUAUUUCUGGUCGCAGGCCAUGAGACUUCGACCUGCGCUGUGACGAUGGCGAUCAAGUUUCUAGGAGAGUUGCCUCACAUCUACGAGAAAGUCUUGGCUGAGCAGAGAGAGAUCGCCAUGCAGAAGAAAUCAGCGGGAGAGGGAUUGACGAGAGAAGAUGUACAGAAGAUGAGAGAUACAUGGAGUGUGGUUUUAGAAGUCAUGAGGCUGGCGCCACCUGCUCUUGGAGGUUUCAGAGUUGCCAUGGAGGAUCUCACCUUCUGUGGUUAUACCAUUCCCAAGGGAUGGAAGUUGAUGUGGAGUGUCCUCACGACGAACAACGAUCCCGCCAUAUUCCCGAGCCCGAAGCUAUUCGACAUGGCCAGAUUCACGGGGAGAACAUCGCCUGCCCCGUGCGCGUUUGUCCCGUUUGGCGGCGGCCCUCGGAUGUGUCUCGGCAAGGACUACGCUCAGAUCCAGAUCCUCAUCUUCCUUCACCACCUAGUGAACAACUUCAGAUGGACCAACGCGAUUCCCGAGGAGAAGGUCAAGUUUGACCCGUUGCCGAUCCCAUCACGGGGACUUCCAAUUCACAUCCGACCUCAUUAGAUCGACUGUGAUGUCGAUUCGCACCAGUGUGUUACAUAAAGCUAGGGUACUCUUGUAGCCGGCAUGUUAACAUAAAUAAGCUUAACCAGCCGUAAGUAGUAGGUGGACGUUUCAGUCACUGCCUUGAUGAGUUCAUCUUGUGAUUGCAUCUUUGUCUACGUGGUUUCAUUGAAACUGCAAGGUUAUGGAGUAAUGGUUAACUGGUUUGUGCAGAUUGAAAUGGCCAUUUUGAAAUGUAGACAGAUAACGAAUGGAGAAUGACUCGUCAUUGUAUACUAUCGUCAGUAUUUACGAGAGAGUUGUAA